UGGUGAUUGUAUGUGCGGGACAAAAGGUUAGAACAGCUCCCGGUAGCAGUCCCUCAGUCUCCAGCCAGUCGCCUACACUCCGAAUCCGCUGACAGACGGGACUCUCAGCUCCAAAUACACACGCGCGUACUCAGUAGUGUGUUACCCUCAUCCCUCCAGAGGAGCGCAGCACACUUUAGAGUCAAGCGUGUGUGCCAGUGGAGGGGUAUCUCUCUCUCUCCCUGUCUUCAUCGUUCGCUACGGACAUCGUACGGAGAAAGGAGAGGGGACAAAAGCACCGGUGGUCGGUCCAGCAGCACCCCGCCCAAGCAGUGCGCCGACAGACAGCGUCUCCUCGGGGCAGUGGGGCCCGGGAGUGAGCCGAGCCACACGGAGCCGGGCCGCCGCCGCCGUCUGCCAGGAAAACAGAGCAACCUCUCCAGUCUCUCCUCCUGACUAAAACGCUCCAUCCCAGGUGAAUCUCCUCUGCACCCUCUCCAGGACUAGCAUGGUUUUCCUAUGGUAAUCAAGAAAUUGAUCUGAAUUUGCAAAGAACGUUUACCACUCAACUGGAACUGACGUUCCCCUCUGGAUCCUUGAAAUAACAUUUCUGCCCUGUGGUGAUGGAUAGAACGAACGCUGCACUGCGGAAGCGAAAUCAGUGCAAUAAUCAGAAUGAAUCAGACGUUGAAGAAAAUAGGUUUCGGGUUCAAAAGACACUGAAGGACAAAUAUUGCCAGACAGACAUCCAUCACUAUGGCUGCUGUGGACCAGCUUAUGCACAGGAAUUAGGUGACCCUCCUUUGUUACAACAACAGCUUUCAACGUCAAAAUCAGGGAUUCAGCAGAUCAUCGAGUGCUUCCGAACAGGAACUGCACAAUUGAAACACAUUCUACUGAAAGAAGUGGACACUAUCUUUGAAUGCAAGUUAUGUCGAAGUCUGUUUAGGGGUUUGCCCAAUCUGAUUACACAUAAAGAAUUCUACUGCUUCCAAAGUCAGAAGAUGAAUGACCAUUUUCCAGAUUCGAGUAAUAAACAGAACCAAACAAUACGGGAGCUUUUGGAAGCCAUCUAUCCUCGAGCAGACAAUCAAGAAUUCAUCAUUAAACUGGAACCCAUAGAAACGAAUAAAAAUGCCGUGUACCAGCAUGUAACCAGGGUCGAUGACCCAGCCUCUAGCAUCGAGACGUACAGUACUCAAAGCCCAAGUCCCGUGCUGGUGCAGGAGCCGGAGGUGGAGCAGGUGGUGCCCGUGGAAGAUGUGGGCCUUGUGCCUUCGGUUCCCGCAGAGGUUGUCAAGAAGAAAGGGGCAGCCCAGCAACUGGAAGAGAGUCCUGGGUCCGUCGACGUGAAGGCGGAGGCCUCCGACACUUCCAGUCUCCCGCCCCACUUGAUCUGCUGCCUCUGCGGGAAGACGUUCAAUUCCCGGCGCAGCGUGCGGAGGCACAUCAGGAAGGUGCACAAGAAGAAGAUGGAGGAGCUGAAGAAGUACAUUGGAACGAAGAACAGCUGGGGCUGCCAGACCCUGUCCACCGCCCGGGGCUGGUCCAGGGCCCUCGGCAUAGCCGCGCCCAAUACGAACUGCCCAGUUUGCAACAAGUUCUUUGCUUCGAAGGCUAACGUGCGCAGGCACUUCGACGAGGUGCACAGAGGCCUGCGGAGGGACUCCAUCACCCCCGACGUGGCCACCAAGCCUGGGCAGCCACUGAGCCUGGAGGACCCGCCCGCCGAGCCGCUAGCCGUCUCCACGUCCCGCAAGCGCAAGUCUUCCUCCAAAGCUGAGUACAGCCUGACGGCGUGCAAGUGCCUGCUGUGCAAGAGGAAGUACAGCUCUCAGGUCAUGCUGAAGCGCCACAUGCUGACCGUGCACAAGAUCCACCUGGGCGAGGCCCUGGCCAGGGUGCCCGAGCAGCCGGCGGCAGUGCCGCGCGAGGCUCCCGCGGCCAACGCGGAAAGCGCGGGCCUGGCGGAUGCCCCGCCUCCUGUCGCCAAGUCCUGGCCUCAGGCUGAGCCCAAGAGCACUGGCCAAGCGGCCGAGAGGAACGGCGUCACGGCCGUGAAGCACAAGGUGAAGCAGGAGAACGAGAGCCCAAAGGGCUCGAGCCUGGGAGUGGCAGCCGGCCAAGCCAAGCCCAAGAAGCCCAAGCUUUCCAUGGGCUUUGACUUCAAGCAGCUGUACUGUAAGCUGUGCAAGCGGCAGUUCACCUCCAAGCAGAACCUGACCAAGCACAUCAAGAUGCACACAGAUGGCAAUAACAUCUAUGUUAAGUUCUACAAGUGCCCCCUGUGCGUCUACGAGACCCGCCGCAAGAGGGAUGUGGUCAGGCACGUCACGGUAGUGCACAAAAAGUCGACCCGUUACCUGGGCAAAAUCAUUGCCAAUCUGGAGAGCCGGGCAGUGAAGAAGCCGAUCGAGUUCGUCCUGAACCGAGUGCCAAAGAGAGGUCCCCAGAGGGACGAAGCCAGGCUCGCCAUCAAGAACGAGAGCACCUCCGGCUCUCCCGUCUCGUGUGCGGCUGCUGGCAGGAGAACUGAGGGAGCUGAGUCUGGCACGGAGGUAAAGCUCACCAAACACUUCUCCCUUCACAAGUGCACUAACUGUGGAAAAGCAUUUGCCAAAAAGACCUACCUGGAGCAUCACAAAAAGACGCACAAAAACUCCACGGUGACAUCAGGUGAAAAUAAAACUGUUGGUCGCAGCACUCGAUCCAAGGCUCUCCUGUCUGAUGCUUCCAGAUGAUGUGCCAAUAGCUCACCGUUGUGGGAUCCCUGUAGUUUGAAGAUUAAAUUUGUUGCUCAAGCCCCUGGGAGUCAGUUUGAAUAAAUAUUAGGUUGCAAAAAAAGAAGCCGGACUAUCAUCUACCCGAAACUUGGAGCAGUUCUGGAAAAUGACAAUUGAAAGGAGAUGACAAUGGUGUUGAAAUUACUCUUUUUACAGGUGGUACAAAAUUCCAUGCUAUGCAGCAAAGCUAACAGAAAUAUUUAGUACUGCACUGGCUUUGAAUACCAAAUACCUUUCCAACAUCGGAGCAGAAAUAGAUUUUCACUCUAGUAUGUAAAUCAUAAAAAAAUUGUGCAGAAAUUACUUAAAUGUUAUUAAAAAUCACAACACGGUGCACGUCUACUACCAGGAUGUUGUACGUUGUAUAUGAGCUGCUGGAAAAUCUUAUAAGUCAAAAGAAUGUUAGUUUGACCAGGAAGGAAUAGUCUAUCAGGCAGUUCACACUGUGCUCUGCAAAACCAUACUGUACCUAAACCAUCUUGUUCCUUUAAGAGUGAAAAUGCUCUUUGCUGUUCAUUCUUGCAGCCAGUAGGAAAUCACCUUUUUUCCUCUUUAUAUAAGCAAAUUAUGCAUGUGAGGGUCGCAUCUAAGACUUUGCAUAUUUAUAAAGGGAUGCUAAGAUGUUUAACUGUUCCCAGUCUAUAGCAGAUACUAGAGACUGUAAAAGAUUUAUACCUUCUUCGUUAACCUUGUAUAAUGUUUGUCUUUUAACAGCGAUGUUUUGGUGGGCACACACAAAAUUAGAUUUUUUUAAUAUACCCAAGACUUUAUGCAUUUAAAUUGAGAAGUCAAUUCAGGUGCACUAAACUGUUUGCAAUUAAAUGUCAACUUUAUUCAGAUCAAGUAGAAUUUAAUUUGGGGAUGUCCUCAGAAGAUGAAAAAAGGAUGUUCAUUUAUGAAAGAAAUCAAGCAAAAUCUGCAAACAUUGCACCACUAUUUGCUUCCCUUGAGUAAAAAAAAUCUGUUAACCUUUACAGCUGCAAAUUUUAUGUAUAUUGGUCAAUUAAUUCUUUUCAGAUUGCCCAGUUGUAGUGGUUUUAAAAUGACUUUGACAAAAAUAACCAACAAAACCCUGGCUUGCUGAUGCUGAGCCUUGUAACAUAGUAACUAACAAUUUUUGGCAAGGCUAGCAAUUGGUUUCUUCUGAAUUCAGCCCAUUUGUUUCCUGGCAAUUCUUGUUUUCAGGUUGAUCAGUUUGACUGAUGGGAACAGAAGCUUUUGUUGUCAAUGUGCUUUCAAUGCAAUUUGACAAGACAGCUGUCUGGUUUCUGUGAUUCAAAGGAAAUAUGCUAAAGUAUUGGAAACAAUGAAGUCUGCAGAGCGUGACAGAAGCUUGUGUAAAUAUCUUAACUGUUUUAUUUCUGGAGAUCCUGGGUUUAUUAAUUUCUGGAAAAAUGUUGGAUCUUGCAAGCAACUGUAAGAUCUGACAUUAAAAGAAUUGUUAUGGGAAUGGUCUGAUACACUGUGAGGGAAUUACUUUUUGCAUUUUCAUUAAUGACUAAAUUGAAAUGCUGUUCUUAGACUUUUGAAAUAAAAUGGGGCUGAAUCGUCCCGGGAGGCUGCUUAAAAAUCAAUUGCACAGGUGUGAUGCGAAAGAGUUCCGCCCUCCCAUUAAUACAGCUAUAUAAUAUGACUACUUGUGAAGUCAGCCAACAUAAUUUUAAUCAGCUCUCUAAGAUAAUGUCUGGUGUAACGUUUCUAGGUACUGCUUUCCUUUUAAACACAAUUUUAAAUAUUAUUCGAACCACUUUGAUGAAUUUAAGUUCCCCAGAUGGAGUAAUACAUAGUCGACACUAACUUGGAUCUGCCUAUGGAGACACCAUUUGCCAAUCUUCACUCCUGACCUUAAAAAUGGGGUGGGAUCCAAUGUAUCAAUAGGACAGAUACUAAGUGCUUUUGACGUUAAAGAUAUAGUAUCCAUAUCAGUCAGAAACAUUAGUCUAUGACCUCAUUGUGGUCAGUAUGCUCCUCAGACCAAAUGUAUGCAUUCAUUCGACUGUAGAAGAAAUACCAAUUUGCUUUUUUGACCGUGAUUGUUUCUUUUGAAGUAUGAUUUGAAGGUCUGUUAAUGCUGUGUUAUAUUUUCCCAGUUAAAUAUUGUGCACAUAGCCGAAGAUUUUGUAUAGAGGUUUAGAUUUAUUUUUACAUGUUUAGUAAUUCUGUAGACACGAUAUGGUCAUACUGACUUGCAGUAGUGACCACAUAGACAAUUUCCGAAUUGAAGCACAAAAGCACUUGCACCACCAAAAUAUAGUGGAUGAUAAGCAUGGAGGAUCUAGCAGUAGAAAUCCUCAUCUCAGCCAUCGUGCACGGACACUAGCCAAGCAGCAAUUUAAAUAAUGUGCGCUAAUAUGGUAACUCAGCAAGACAGUGUUUAAAGAAGGCAGAUUGCAUUCACCUAUGUUGUAUAUUACAAAGAAUGCACUAAACUGGUUCCUGUAAAAGGAAAUUUGCUGAAAUUUAAGGAAUAAAUUUAAUAAAUUUAUCCCUUUGUAGUUAUAAAUAGGUAAAUGGCAGUAAUCAUUUGCUGGUUCUGUGAAUAUUAACUACUUUACCAUAUACAUUAAUGACUAAUCAUUCUUCAUCUAUGAAUUUAAACAUCCUAUCUAGCACAAAAAUUGCCACAUGCAUGGAGGCAAGACCUAACUAUUUGAUCAAGGAAAGAGUUCUGCCACCUUGACCAGCCUGUGUCAGUGUACUGGGGUCUGAUGGCUCAUUCUUCAGUCUCUCCCGUGGCUUUGCAAACCACUCACUUCAGGGGAAAGUUGCAAUGAGCAAUUAAUGUUGGCAUUGCCACUGAUACCCAUUAGCUGUGAAUGAAUAGUAAAAAGUUUAUCAAACACAUAUAAUUUGGGAAGAAAUUGAUAUGUUAAGACUAUCAUUUAUAGAUAAUUUCAGUACACUUUCAUAAACAGGAGUAAAAACUGCAUUACCCUGUUUUUUUGUUUUUAACAUGGAGCAUUUUAUUUCUUUGGGAUCAUCUCUUUUGAUUUUGCUGAGUUAUAUUGGCUACUGAUAAUACAUUUUGGAUGUCUAAUAGAAGUGGACACAGAGGGAAGGCUACUGUUGUGUCUUCAUUAGUGCUCAGUUACUUAAUCCCAUCUGAGGCAUGUUACUAAGAAGGCACAGUUAGCCUCAGCUCUUUCUUUUGUGGGGUGGAUAAGUUGGACAUAUCCCUUUCCAAAUUGAGGAUAAGAUCAGAUUUGGCUGUAUGAGUUUACCACACUCUGAGCAUAUUACUACCUUGUCUCAGGUCCCUUGUGAAUAAUUAUAAGAGGGAGGCAGUGCACAUUACUUCCUCCAGCAAGGGUAAAUAGUUGUUUUGGGAAAUGUGGACUGAAAAUGUUAACAAAAAGGGAUUGAAGAACAAAAAGUAUGUUAUAAUUUUUUUAAUGUUCCUCCUCUUUCCAAAAGCUAGGAAAAUAAUAUUAGUUCAAGUAAUUUGUUCUGUCAGGAAAACCACCCAUUUAAUACAUCCUUUUCUGUCAUGCCCCUGGUGUUCCAAUUGAAGGUUAUUUCUGCUGUUGUUACAAUAAAGGUUGCACAGGUGAUGUAUGAGUAACCCUGCUACUGUAAGCUAGUAUCUAGAGUGCCAAAGUAUUACUUACUCAUGCCUGAAGAGAAUAGAGACACCAUUUAAUGAAGAAGCAAUUAAUAAACUGGCUUAACUUUUUUUUCCUGGGCUGAAGAAUCAAUUUCAUGUCUGCUUUAAGGCACAAUUGGUAUCAGUUUGUUCAAGAGCUUAUGUUAAGUUCUUUGCUUUCAAGGGCAGUAACUCAGUCUGUUGAAGCAAGAUGGGGUUGUUAAAGAGUGCUGUUGCUUGGGUUGUUGGAACAGCUAAUCUUUGCUUCAGUACUGUUCUAUAGAAGGAUACUUCCUCAUUUUUUUUGCCAUCGCACUGGGAAGGGAUAAAUGGCAGAAUCAAAUUGUGUUGAUUGGGAAGGUGUUGGGUUAGAACUAUUUCUUCAAAAAAGUGGGAGUAAGAAAAUCAUUUCACGGAAGUCUGAAGUAUUAUCUUUGAUUGAGAAGAGACAUUUAAUUGUAUUGUGUGCAAUUGUCUUUUUUAAAAUUCCUUUAGGAAGUCCCAAACCUUUUUCCAUACUUCUCUAUGUGUAUGUAUAUAUACAUGAAGGAAUGUGUUUUUGUUGUUGUUCUGGAUGCUAUUUGCUGCUUUAGGUAAACUGAAUGUAGACAAGGCUUUUGUUUCUAGAGUGAAAUGUAGGAACAAAAGUAUACUGAAGAAACUGCAUGGUUGCAGUAACUAGAAUAGUUGUAUAUGAGUCACUAAGAAAAAUCAAAUGCCAUUCCUGAUUUAAUCAAUGAACAAUCUUACUCUUUGAUAACAGCUUUAACAUUUCAUUCCGAAAGUUGUUCAGAAUAAGAAAAUUGCCUAAAAAUUCCGCUGGGUGGCAGUGACUAGCAAUAGAUUAUUGUAUUGGAACCUCAUUAUAACAAUAAAUAAAGUCAUUCAAACUGGAAUUUAAUGAAGUGUUCAUCUUUAUUGCAGAUGUUGUAGCAAAUUUUAAAUGUUUCAAAAGUAUGUUAGAUUCAGAAGGCAAAGCUGAAAAUGCUUAUCUUAAAUGGCACAAACUCGUAAUGUACUGGAUUUUCAUAUGUAUCUAUUCUUUGUGGUGUGAUGCUGCUUCUCAGUGCCUCCAUUCUUAGUUUGCUGCCUCUCUCCUCAUUGUUUAUGUAAGCGAGGAGAAAUAGUUGUAAUAACAAAACAAAAAUAGGUGUAACUACGAGUCCUUUCAAGUAAAGUCACGGUUGAUUGAUGUUGAGCCAGAAUACUUCAGUAUAAGGCAGUCAUUGAUUUCCAACCACUGAGAAUCUUUUCUGAGCUUUGACACAGCUUCUGCUGCUGAAACUGUAGUCCAAAGGUUUGGACAAAUAACCUG